AUGUCGGGCGAAUUGGAUAUCGACUUCACGCGCCGAAACAAGAAGCCGCGCCCGCUCUCGGACCACGAGAAGGAAAAGCUGGAUGAAUUUGUCGACGCGAUCCAUUACUCGGCGAGGUGGGUUGUCAACACAAGAGGCGGUCAGCGCGUUUUCUUUAUUGACCGCGAACACAGAUACUCGGACGACGCAUACGAAUACCGCCAUGUGCAGCUGCCUAAGCAAAUGCUGAAGGCUAUCCCAAAAGACUACUUCGACGGCGCGCGAGGCACACUGAAGCUGCUCUGGGAGGAGGAAUGGCGGGCACUGGGCAUCACACAGGUACGCGUGGUUUUGAUACAGGCUGCAACAUAUAUGCUGACUUGGGAACAGAGUUUGGGAUGGGAGCACUACGAGGUCCAUGAGCCAGAACCUCACAUUUUGCUUUUCAAGCGACCGAUCAACUACCAGCCUCCCAUGCACUGA